AUGGUCAAAGAUGCUGUGGAGGAUGUCGUUUCGCCGGCUUUGGCGAAUGCGCUGAACCUGGCUGCUGUCGGGACGACGACUGUGUCAGACGACAAGUCGGUCGGCACGCCUAGCAAUGGCGUCUUUGUUGUAGAUCCCGCCGACAUCCCCUCACCAGACCAGCGUGCCACGUCCAACUCGGUCUCGAGUGCAACAUCGCAGGGUGAUGGCUCCGCAGCUGCCCCCGUCGUCGCUGCCACGUGCAACCAGGGGGACUGGAAGUGCGACGGCAUGACUUUGAAGCAAUGCAACUGGAACAACUGGCUAGUCGUGAGGCAGUGCACUGGGGAUAAUAUCAUCUGCUCGGACCAAGGCUCGACAGUUGGCUGCGUGUGGACCUGGUCUGUCGCUCAACAGGCUACCCCGUCCUCCUCCCCCAGCCCAGCUUCAUCCAACGUUCAGGUCGCCCCAGUUGUCCAAUCUCCACAAAGCCAGGCCGCAACUACCGCUCAGCCUACCUCCGUUGUGCAAGCUUCCCCCUCCCCUUCGCCAAAAGCGUCCAGCGCCGCCUCACCCACCGUGCUUCAAGCUGACUCGCCAGCUUCAUCUGCGUCCAGUGCUGCUUCUGCUUCCCCUCGCGGGUCCAGCUCUGGCUCCAGCUCGCCGACCUCCACCCAGCUCAGCUCGACCACCUCGACGACCAGCACGACGGCAAAGAUUUCGGCAUCCGCCACUCCUACGACCAAGGGUGUGGUGACUGCGACUCCCUCGUCGAUCGACCGAUACUCUGCCCCGCACUACGUGAUCUACUCGGACUACUGGCUCUUCUCAAUGCCGGAUGUGUCCACUCUCAAGGCUUUCAACCGCUUUGUCCUUGCGUUCUGGAUGUCUGAUCAGGGACCUGUCGAUAACGCGCAAAUGUGGGUCUGGAUGCCACAAGCGGACCGCCGUCGCGUACUCGACGCCUACCACAACGCCGGUAUCGCACUGAUGGUCUCCGCCUUUGGAUCCACCGACCAGCCGACCACAUGGGGCAAAGACCCGCUCGCGACCGCCCAGCAGCUCGCCAAGUUUGUGGUGGACUAUGAGUUUGACGGUGUGGAUAUCGACUAUGAGGAUAUGGGGGCAAUGAACAGUGAUCAGGCCGAGAGGUGGUUGAUCCCUUUCCAGAAGGAACUCCGGAGACUGCUGCCCAAGCCCUACCUCAUCUCCCACGCUCCCGUCGCUCCCUGGUUCACCUCGUCCAGCGCGUACCGCUCCGGCGCAUACGUCGCGAUCCACCAGUCUGUCGGCGAUGGGAUCGACUUUUACAACAUGCAGUUCUACAAUCAGGGCGAUGGGGUCUAUACGGACUGUAACUCCCUGAUCAACUCGAGUGGCGGAUACUGGCCAGGAACCAGCGUGAUGGAGAUGAACUCUUACGCCAAGGUCCCGCUCAACAAGAUUGUCAUUGGGAAGCCGCUCGAUGCUGGGAAGGCUAGUAAUGGAUACAUGAGUCCACAGGAUCUGAAUGUGUGCGUGAACCAGGCGAGAGGGAAGGGAUGGAAUGGAGGUGUGAUGUUCUGGGAAUGGACUACUGUGAGUUACUCCUUACGAGUGAAAGCGCCAGGCUGA